UACUGUCAGUGACAGUGUCAAGUUCAACUUUCAACGUGCUGUCAACAAUCAUUGUAUUACGAACAACCUCAAUAUUGUAAAAACAAAUUAAUCCAUCCUUUUAUCGUGUUUAACGUGCCCCGCAAUGAAUUUGGCGCUGGCUGAAAGUACCCAAGAAAAAGUUCCUUCUGUUCUUGAAGAUAUUUUAAAACGAAUAUCGAGUGACGAAAAAUCGACGAAUUUGAAACAAACAGACAUUUUCCUCGUUUUGCUUAUUGUUUUGCUAUCGGAAAAUGGGUUUUUCCUGGUGGCCGACAACCAAGCCGACACAAUUGAGCCCCAAUGUUUGCAACUCAUUGAUAACAAACACUUAUCCAAGUGGAAAAUCUCUACAGGGGUUUAUGAAUUAUCAUUUGUUUUGGGUGGUUUUAGUGACUCUUUAAUUAAACUUAUGCUGUGCCCACUCGGAAUCUCUAGUCUGAUAAAUGUGGUUAUUAGUGACAUCAGUCCAGAAGUUUAUUCAGUGUGUUUCCCUGUGAGCCGUUAUGUUGUGGACCCAGAGGCUUCAACCAUUCCAAUGAUGUUUAAUGACUUAAAACAUCUAUCGGACACAUUUAAAACCAGAAUUAUUACUCCACUAAAAAGCACAUUACUGAACCAUUAUGGCUAUUCCAGUGCAAGUUUGGUGGGCUUACCUGAAGAAUUAAUAAUUAAUAUAUUGUUGUACUUACCUAUAUCUAACAUCAUAAAUGUUGCCAAAACAUGUAGAAAAUUAAGUUUAUUAUUAAAUAAUGAAUGUUUUUGGCAUAAAUUAUUUCUUAGGGAUAUCUCAAGUACUAAAGUAUCACUAACAGAUUGUCAAGAAUACAAAACUUUAUAUAGAGAUAUGUAUACUUGGCAAGAAAAUUCACGGAAUAGAGUCAGGUGCCGAACAGGCUCAUUUUGUGAUUACUUAAAUGUUUGUGAGUAUUAUUCUUUUCCUACCAAUAAUCCUAUGUGGAAUGUCAUGUUUUGAUUUAUAGUUGAAGUUUCGAUCACUGUUUGUUAUUUGUCCCAUUUAUACUUACUCUAUUCCAAUAUAAUGUCAAUUUUGAUGUUUCUAGCUAAACUAAAUUUAGAGUAUCUGCAUCUUUUUCUUUCAAAUAUUGCUAAAAAAAUACAGAAAAUUAAUUUUAAAUUAAAGACCCUAAAUCUUAGUGCUACUGUAUCUAUAAUCAAGACUAACACCUAAAGUCAUGAGUUUAAUAGUUUUAAAUUAAAUUAAGUUAGUCUGUCCUUUUCAUAGAACAUAGGUAAGAAAAAGAUGCAAAUGUUGUGUUCAGAAUCAGUGCCAAUAUCUGUUUAUCUUGCAAUCUAAAAAUAAGCAAACAUACUUUAGAAUUACACAUAUUUUCCAUACUUAGAAUAUUUGUCUUAGAAUAAUGGAACAGUUGUAUAAAAAUAUAAUUACUUAAAAAAAUACAUUCAUCAGACACUGAUA